CAGAGGCCGCAUCUUUUCCUCAAUGUCAGUAGAGGGCGCUAAAAAUACCAUCUCUAUUUGUUACCUCAGAAAAUCAACGACGAAGAAUUAGCAGUAGCGUGGUAAGGAAAGCUAAGAAAAGCUAACCAGCUUGUUCGUAGUUGGAUAAUGUGCAGCUAAAUCUAACGGGAUGUCUAGAGCCUCCAAAGUGGUUCUGGGACUUUCUGUGAUUCUGACUAUAAGCACUGUGGCCGGCGUGCACCUUAAACAGACCUGGGACAGAGAGGUGAGCCAAACGGAGCCGGUUUAACUGUACCUGAGCUAAUGUUAUGCUAACAGCAGUAGAGGGAGUCAUUGGGGUCACAGGGGCUUGACGAGCUGUUCUGAUGUUUUUUUAAAAAGUAUAGUGGUGUGCUGUAUCUUAUGGAAACGUUAAAGUGGUCAAGUUUUUAAACUGAAUUUGAUAAAUCAUUUAACAUUGUCUUGAGUGUGAUCAGACGCUAUUCACAGAAGCUAGCACGAGCUUCCGGCGCAGUUUUCCAAAAUAAAAGCGUUGGACAUCCGGCCGACUGCUGCUCAGUGUUUCAGAUUUUAUUUCAGUUGAAGAAACAAUUAUUCAUAGCCCCUGCGUCAAAAUUCAAUGUGGUUUUUACUUAUCAAUUUAUUUAUUUAUUUAUUUUACCAACAAUUAGAUUCUUGUAAAACAAAGGUAACAGCCUGCAUAAAUAAGCUGAAUAAAAGUGCAGAGGAGUCUCAUCAAGAAGUUUCAACAUUUAGGAUAAAAAUGUGACGCCCCAAAUGGGAUUACAAUCUUUCAUGAUUGAUUAUUAAUAUAAAUACUGUGUUAUUGUUGAAUUCAAAUUAUUUUGAUGUGAACAUGAUUAUCACUAAGACUAAUCCUCUGUACCCAGGGUGCACCACUCAAUCAUGAAACAUGCCCUGCUAGAUGUUUUAUGUUCUGUUGGAUAAAACUUUGGAGCUCCUGUGAGAAUCUUUGACUGUUUUUUUUCCCCAUUUUGAUGCCUUAUGUGGACAACACAGUCUUUGCUGAUUUGUCCUCCAUUAGCUUCAGUGGUGACUUUUGUUUGAUAAAUCUGAUUCUGAUGUCUUUUUAAUGAUAAAAUGUUUCACUUAUAAUGAAUAUUAAAUGUGGAAGACAUAAAAACAGAGCUGUCUUUUUAGUUGCUCAGCACCUUCCCCCCUCAUUCUGGUUUUGGGCAUAAGAAAUUAAAAUAUAAACUAAGGUAGAAUAAACAAUAGCUUUAGUUAGUCAUGAUAGACUGCAGGGUUUUGUUAAUGUGUUAAUGCAGAUGUGACCCUGGGUGACCUGACACACCAAGACCUGUGACAAAAACUCAGUCAGUCCAGGCUGGUCAUACUCAUAUGUUUCUUGUGGUGCAGCGUCUCCACGAGGGCGUAAUCAGAGAUCUGGAGCGCCUGGAGAGGAAGAAGGCGAAUCUGCGGCUGCUGGAGGAGCAGAGGACUCUGACCAGACAGCUUGAGGAGGAGAGAAGCAGAAAAGCAGAGCUCCGCUCCCAGGACCACUGAGACAGGUCCCUCUCACACAGCGUGUCCAGGUGUGUCCUGUGACUAAGGCUCAGGAAUGGACAGCAGCAGUGAGCCUCUGGGAGGAGGCGAGGAUGAGGCGGCAUGCACAUCAGCCUCGGAGGGUCUGGAGGAGGGUGAGGUGGAGGGAGAGACUCUGCUGAUCGUUGAGUCUGAGGAUCAGGGCUCAGUGGAUCUGUCACAUGACCAGAGCGGAGACUCUCUGACCAGUGACCUGGGUGAGGAGGUAGACGGAGGCUGGGCCUGCGAGGACAUGAGCUUCUACUGCGACCGCUGCCACAUGUGGGUCUCUGCAGGUAAGACAUUCAAUCGCACGGCUCCAUUUUACCACCUCAACCCCAUCAGUUUGAAAGAUGUGUUUGUUGAAGCUAGUUUGUUGUUGGUUUGUGUUUGGUUCAGUGAGGUUAGUUUGUUUUUGGAUCCGUGAAGUUGAUUUAUUUUUUGUUUAGUGAUCUUGUUCUUUUGUUUUGUUUUGUUUUUAGAUCAGUGAAGUUAAUUUGUUUUUGGUUUAGUAAAGGUAGGUCAUGUUUGAAUGUUCUGAUGUUAGUAUGUGUUUAGUUUAGUGAAGUCCGUUUUUUCUUUAGUGAAGGAAGCUUCUUUUUUGGUUCUCUGUUUUCAGCUCAGCUCCGUGGAGAGCAGCCCAGCUACCUGAAAGGAGAUAAUUUCUUUAAAUUCAUCUGCCGUGACUGCUCCGAGGAUGGCAAAGAGAGCUUUGAGAGAAUGAGACUCACCUGGCAACAGGUAAAAAAACAUUCAGUUGUAUUUUUUAAGCACAGUAGUGCCACUGUUACUUAUGAAGCCUUUCUUUAUGGACAGAAACACUCACCCACCUCACUUAUCACAACUCAUGUAGACAUAUUCAUCCCCUGUCCUUAGGUGGUGAUGUUAGCGAUGUACAACCUGUCUCUGGAGGGGACAGGUCGUCAAGGUUACUUCAGGUGGAAAGAGGACAUCUGUGCUUUUAUUGGCCGGCACUGGAACUUCCUGCUGGGAACAAGGUCACUUUAUUUCUUUUGACACUGCGUGACAGUACUUGCGUUCAAUUGGACUUGAAGCUCGUUGUGGCUCUUACUGAUCUUUUUCUUCUUGUCUAGACCUUUGCUUGUGUUGUUCUUCUUCUUGAAUGUACGCUGUUUGGAUAAAAGUGUCUGCUCAGUGACAUUGCAACGAUUCUUGAAAUUCCAAUUGACUUAAGUGCAGUGAAACUGAGACUCUGGGGGCAGAUAUUACAGAGAUACUGAGUCUUGGUAGAGGCAGAGACUCAGUUUGUGAAUAAUCUGAUGACUUACCUGUCCCUCUAUCUCUGUCUCUGUUCCUGUCUCUGUCCCUUACCUUCUGUGCAGGAAGAAGACAUCCACCUGGUGGAGCACAGUGGCUGGCUGUCUUUCUGUCGGCAGUCCCACCUUCUUCCGCUCUGGAGCUCAGGAGUUUGGAGAGCCUGGCUGGUGGAAGCUGGUCCAGAACAGACCUCCAACUCUGAGGCCUGAGGUGGACAAAUCCACGACCAAGACCAAAGGUAAAGUUACAGCAUUAUGUGGUAUGAUGGGAAGUGACAUGAUACAGUCCAACAGGACAUAAUAUUAUCAAGUGCGCCAUGAUCUGAGGGGUCCCUGCCGGUGUCUGACUCAGUGCUGAUGUUACCCUCCUGUCUCUAUAGUCUCUAAGCCAUCAGUGGACCCCAUCAUCACAGUGGAGGGUCUGAGGAAACGUGGCGCCAGAAACCCUGUGGAGAGCGCCAUACAGCUGAAGGAGAAACGCUCUCGUACACAGGAAGCCAAGGACAUCCGCCGAGCCCAGAAGGAGGCAGUGGGCGGGUACACUGACCGCAGCACCUCCUCCACUCCUGUGAAACUAGGGGGAGGGCGCGGGGGAGGCGCUGGACGUCGACCCGACCUGGUCCUUGAGAAAGGAGAGGUCAUCGACUUCUCCUCCCUCAGUUCGUCAGACCGCACCCCCCUCACCAGCCCGUCUCCAUCACCCUCACCUGACUUCUCUGCUCCAGGGACGCCAGCCUCUCACUCAGCCACACCCAGCCUGCUGUCAGAGGCCGACCUUAUCCCAGACCCCAUGCCGCCGCAGGCUCUUUUCCAUGGUGAGAGAGCAUCCAGAGGAUUUUUAACAAACUGGACUAAGGUUUUUCCCUUUUCAAUCUUUAAGAGCUUAAUAACCUGUUUCUGUUUCUAACGCUAGACGACGAGGAGAUGGAGACCGAAGGGAUGAUCGACCCUGGGAUGGAGUACCUCCCUCCUCCCAGUGCCAGCCUUGCUGCCCGGAAGAAGUUUCGCCCAGCCCCACCUCACAUUAAAUGUGAAGCAGAGAGUGAGGAGGAUGAGGGCCAUGAACGAGAGGAGGACUUUGGGGAGCCGGCUGGACAAGGUGAGGCUCCGCCCCUCUCUGCUGGAGGGUGUGUCGGGGCUGGAGGACCCGAGAGAAGAAGAAUAAAUCACCCUGAGAAAGCAGACAGAGGGGGCGGAACCAGUCAAACGCCUCGCUUCAGCCUGCUCAGUCUGUAUGAGGAGAGAAUGCUGCUGCGGAGGCUGGACGCCUGCCCACUUGCCCUCGCUGUAACCCCUCAGGCCAAACGCCUCCACAGGAAGCUGCUGGUCCGUCAGGCAAAGAGACAAAGAGGGCUCCCCCUGCUGGACAUUGACCGCGCUGUCAGCGCCACCCUCACCCUGGUGGGAGGAAUCUAUGGCGCUCAAGGGGGGGGGGCACUGGUGAGAGGAGGCAUUGUGGGAAAAUACUGCACCAAUAGCCAGGAGCUGCGGAUUCUGGAUCGCUUUCAGGUAACUUCAACCCUGAGACAGAUUUACCUCCAAAAUUUACACUUAUGUUUUAAAAUAAUUCUGACCACCAGAGAAAUUAUUUUCCUCUGCAGACCAACUUUGGCAGCAGACGAGGCAUCUCUGUGUCUUCUGUGUCUUUCUGGCAUCGUCUGAUGGGAGCAGAUGGAAGUUUGGACCAGAGCAUCAAGAGCCCGUACACAUCACGCAUCCUCAAACCGUACAUCAGGUAAAGAUGUUACCAAACCCUGACACCUGAGAAUAAAGACCCAAAACAUAUGCAGAUACAAAUGUAUUAUUUCCACUGAAAUAAAGCUGUAAAUGUACCAGAUAAAAGUUGUUUUAUAUCUUGAAGUUUAACACUCAAAUCUCAAAAAUUUCCAACUAUGAUUUAGUGAAAUCUUGAAUGAAUGCCUUUCUUGUUCAUUUAUGACUGUUACAUUUCUAAGUCAUUUUUUUUAAAUUAACAAGUCAAGUCUUGUAAUUUUACGACUUUAUUCAAGCAGAUAAAUGUGUAUUAAUUUACAGGUUGAAUUUUUAGAGCUCUAAGGCCAACCAUAACUUGAAAUCAUGACUCCCUUUUCUCAUAAAUGUAUAAAAUGGAUUAGUUACAUGGUAAGUGUUUGACUUUGAUCUUAGAGUCUCAAACUUCUCUUAGAUAAACUCUGUUGUGAUGAUUGUGGUCGUUAUUGUGUCAGACAGUGUGUUUGUGUUUUUCUUCAGGAGGGACUAUGAGAGUCGUCCGGUGAAGAUGAGGUUGUUGUCAGAGAUCAGGGCACAUUGUCACAGGAAUGAUCCUGAUUGGCUCCCUGAACCCUCUGCCCCCAUUGAUUAUUGCUAUGUCCGGCCGAACCACAUCCCCUCUGUCAACACCAUGUGUCAUGACAGCUUCUGGCCGGGUAAGACUGAUUCCUUUCCUGACUCUAGACCCCUUGAGUCAGUCUCUGCCAACAGCCCACCUCUGCUCCUGUCUCUGCUGACUGUUUCUGUCUCAUCAGGGGUGGAUCUGUCUGAGUGUCUGCAGUACCCGGACUUCAGUGUGGUUGCUCUCUACAAGAAGGUGGUGAUUGGGUUUGGGUUCAUGUUGCCUGAUGUGAAAUACAAUGAGGCCUACAUUACCUUCCUCCUGGUCCACCCCGAGUGGAGGAGGGCCGGGAUCGGGACCUUCAUGAUCUACCACCUGAUCCAGGUGAGGCCUAGAGGACAGAGAGGAUGUACAGCUGAGGUUACAGUGGUGUUCUCAUUUUGCUGCAGAUAAAAGUCUUGUUGCUGUAACUUUUAUUCCCCUAACUGAUCCUAGUGGUGUUUUCUAUAUGUAUGUAUCAUCACAUACUGUUCACCAUGGACCUCUUAUAUACCUUACGGUUUCCGACUCAUCUCUACUCUCUGUGUGGUCAAGUUGGCUGGUCUGCUUUGUGUACACAUCGACUGAAUCACUUCAUGUCCUUAUCGACACUUAUCGAUGAAGGAUUCAAACAGUGCACACAUUUUUCAGUGUAAACUUAUGACUCUAUUGCUGAUGCUGUUUCAGACAUGUAUGGGCAAAGACGUGACGCUGCAUGUGUCGGCUAGUAACCCUGCCAUGCUGCUCUAUCAGAAGUUUGGCUUCAAAGCAGAAGAGUACAUCCUGGACUUCUACGAUAAAUACUACCCGGUGGACAGCACUGAGUGCAGACACGCCUUCUUCCUCCGACUCAGACGCUGAGACCCGCAGAGUCCAAAAGUCUUCCUACAGGACCCACAGAGUUUAUAUCCAGCUGAACAUCACCCAGCCUGCAGCACAGUGCCCGGUCUGCAGGCACCAGGACAGGGACUCAACUCUGAGUCUGAAGGAAACCAGGAUGCUGACAAAGUCUCAUGGAUUGUUAUCUGUCACCACAGUGAGACUGUACAGAACCAGAACAUUAAACUGAUUUAUGGGUAAAUUUAGCAGCUUUUCAUCUCUGUCUCAUGCUCGUACUUUUUGUUCAUUCAGUCAGUGUUUUUUUCACCAUCUGUGUCUGAAUGUUUCUGAGAUAUUAAAACCAAUAUAUAUUUCACUACAGAAGCUCAGGAAAUCUUUUUGGGCACCGACUUUUAAUGUCUGUUGUUAGCUUUUAGGUCAUGAUUCAAACUAGCCAUCUGACAUGACAAAUGCGAAAAUGUUUUGCUAGCAUUAAUGCAAGUCACGAAACAAAUUAAGUUUACGUGUUACCUAACAAAGUCUAGCAUGACCACAAAAAGUCCCACAAAAAAUCGAAUACCCUGCUACUGAAGUUGACCUAAUUUUUCAGGGAAUUUUUUUUUAAUUUAGAAAAUACUUUUUGCCAAAUUUUUAUCAAACAGUUCAUACAUUUUUUUCAUUAUUACCUAAUCCCCAAA